CAACGGCUGGCUGACCUACUCUGCGGCGCUGCACCGGCUCCGCGAGUGGGGCUGCGACGCGAAGGUGUUCGACGUGCUCGACGAGAAGAAGCUCUCCAUCCCCGAGAUGGCGAGCCUGGUGGAGCUCAUCCUCGGCCCAAAGGCGGAGGACCUCCCCAACCCGCAGCUCGACUGGGAGGGCUUCCUCAAGGGCCUCGAGGCGGUGCAAGCCUCGCUGCCAAAGGUGUGGGACCCGCUGCGCUCGCGCAAGGUGCCGUGGGUCGACGGCCGCAAGCUCGUCAAGGCGUACAAGAAGGGCGACGGCUGUGCAGUCAUGUGAGCUCGCAAACGUCAUGGGGCGUGGGACGCGCCGGGUGCCCGUCUCGCGCGUGAGGCCGGAAGGUCGGAGGGUGAGGGCCGGCGCCGUCGCACCAAAAGGCAAGGCCUAGGGAUGUUGAGUGGGGGGUGCGUGCACGCCAGGUGAUGUGUGCGCGCUGCAACAGGCAUGUCCAUGUGUCAGAACGGCGAGGAUUGGAGGAAACGAAGAAGUUGGAAGCUGGAUA